AUGGCAAGUCUAUUUCGCAAUUCUCGAUCUAUUAUUACACGAUUGUCGGGCAUUCGUCGUACUGCGGCAACAACCGGUACUGGCACACAAGCAAAAACAUCUGGUGCUUCGACAAAUCUUGCACACCAACCACGUUCUGGUAAUGUCGCUGAUAUGGCAGUACGAGAUGCUCGACAACGAUUAACUCCAAUUGAUCCAAUUAAGCCAAGGGCUGCAGGUGAAACACCUUUCAUUCCUUUGGUUGGUACAGCAUUGAACGCAUGGGGCAAGAUGGGUUUUGGAUUAUUUCUUGCUCUUAGUGCUUAUUUUGUUUACAUAAAUUAUAUAACAAAUCCAGAAUUUUAUAAAAGUUUAAAAUUGAGUCGCGAAGUAAGCAAAAGAAGUUCAUAUGAACAAUCAGCUAAUCGAGAAGGAACACAUGGCCACAAAACUGAUGAUGCUAACACACCAAAAGGCGAACUUAACAAACACUAA